AUGCGUGCCGUUAUUGCUCUCGCGGCAUGCAUUGCCUUUGCCAAUGCCCAGACCUUCGAUAUGGACAUGAUUUUGGCUGCAGAGCCUGUCCCUACCCCGGCUAUUCCUGUCGUCUACGUCACAGGUGACAAUCCCACCACGACAGCAUCUGCUACAACAGUUUCAUAUCUCGAGAACCAAGCUGUAGCGUCGGUUUCUUCUGAGAUUGUCGCUGCAGCAAGCAGUACUGCUCUUGACAAACGUGCCGCUUCUACCUGCGUGCCUCAACCUACUGGAAUCUCUUACAACUCGAGUCCGGACACUGCUUCUGCCUUCUUGGCCGAUGGAUACUACUCGAGUGUCGCAUCUGCCGCACCUACUCCUGCUGGUUACAUCAACACUUUCACCAAUCUUCAGGCUUCAAACAACGCUUACGGAUAUAUGGGCUACCAGCUGCUGAAAACGUACGAUACUCAGCUGUGCUCUCAGAAGUGUGACAAAAUCAAUGGAUGCCUUUCGUUCAACAUAUACUACGAACGUGAUCCUUCUGUCGACCCUAAUGACGCCUCCUGUGAAUCGCCGAGCUCAGUGGUUCAGAUCAAGUGCGUUUUCUGGGGAAGCCCUGUGCUUAAGUCCAAUGCCCUCAACGCUGGACAAUGGCGCAGCAAAUUCCAGGUCGUUAUUGCCGGAUCCAAUGGCUACGUAAACAAGACCAUCAGUCCUGCUGCUGGUUAUGAUGAGCCUGUAGAUCUUGGCGAUGCUACCAUCAAUGCUCCUCUGGACUGCUCUGGACACGACACUUUCAUGCAGUCCAAGUUCUUUACCUCUGGCCCCUUUGAUGCCAAUCUGUGUGCUUCCGCCUGCUCGGCUCAGAGUGUUUACAAUCUGGCCCAUUCUCCUGCUGAUGGCCAACCCAAAACUUGCCAAUUCUUCACUACCUUCCUCCUCUACAGGAAUGGCGUCGCUCUUGGACAAACUUGCUCGCUCUACACCAUGGCGUGGAAUACAACAUACAACACAAACAAAGGAUACUAUUAUGGCAACGAUCACUACACAGUCGGCUACAGCUACGCAUUCUCAAAUUCGACUAGCCAGGGCGCCGCUUAUGCUGCUUGUGGCUCUUCCAGCUCAUCCUUGGUCGCCUCAAGCACUACUAUGCCAGCUUCUUCUACUACCAUGACCACUUCUACCGCGACGCCGACUUCUCCCCUUCCCGAUACAUCUUGCAGCAACGCUGGCCUUCAAUUCGCUUAUUACCCUGGCCUCGCCAGCACACAAUGGGACUAUCACUCCGCCAACUACGGUCUCGAUGCUGAAAACUACAAGACUGUGACCCCCAACUACACUGGUGUGACAAAUGCCAUUGGUGGCUUCGCGUGGAACACCUACCACCAAUCCUCUACCAUUUACGGCAGCUCGCGUCCGUUCGACCACGAAAAGAUGGUUCUCAACCACCGAGGCUAUUUCUUCGCACCCACCUCUGGCGACUAUACAUUCAGCAUCCCUACUGUCGACGAUGCUGCAUUCUUCUGGCUGGGCGAUGUUGCAUAUUCUGGAUUCAACGAGUUUAACUAUCUGCUUCUCGACAACCAAGCCGAUGGCACUCAGAAUGCCACCGUUACUCUUACGGCGGGCAGUUACUAUCCCAUCCGUCUGAUAUAUGGAAACGUUGGUGGUGGCCCUGGUAGUCUGUACUUCCAGAUUACGCAAGGCAGCAAAGUAGCAGUGGAUUGGUCGUCGACUGUUUCGCCUUACUUUGUGCAGUACUCUUGUGAUGGAACUACUGCUCCUGCCUACCCUGCCUUUGGACAGGAGAUCUAG